UACUUGACCAUACUUAUGCUGAAUAUAAAGCACAGAUUACAUGAAAAAGAUAAUAUGUACCACCAAAAUUAUCCUUGAAUUUAGUUUUCCACUUCUUAAAAUAGUUUAACGACCAUCUGUGAAAGAAUCCUUCAUGGAAUUGAGUGGCAAGCACUUAUGCACAAGGAGAAAAAAAAAUUUGGGGUAUAUUAUUUGGUUAAAGAUUUGGUAAUAUUUACUGAUCAAUAAAAAAUGUUAACAAGUGGCAAAUGUCAGGAUUAUAUUUAAAUGUCAGCAGUAAUACAGAUGUUUAUUUGGACAGCAUUAACAUCAAAACUGCUCCAAUCUACUAAUCAAAAUUAAUUAGUGCAAUUCUUUUAUUAGGCAUAAGGGAACAAUUAAAUCUAAGCAGAUAGUGUUAAAUGUGUUGUUAAAAUUCAAAGAAAAAUCUCUUUAGUACAGGAUUGCCAUUGGCACUAAGAAACCCUAUUUGCAAAGAAACUAAAAAAGCAUGGAUUUUUUAUUGUUCUUUAAAUUUCUGCGAUCACCCUAUACUUUUACAGCCUAAGUUUUUAAUAAUAUCCUUGAAAAAAAAAAUUAAACUGGAAUUUUUGGUAAUUUGUUUGAAAAACUUAAGAUAAGUCAUGGAAUUUUGUUUUCAAAAUUUACUGGCCACCUUGUUUCAUCAUAGCAACAGGUAAUGUAUUACUAUUGUGUGGAAGCUUUUUUAUUAGGUUUUUAGUACACAGUAAAUUUGGCAGCCAUUUUGGACACACAGACAAAAUACAAUUCUUGUUAUAAAGAUUAAAAAAAAUUGACUGGAUUUAAUUUUAUGAAUUUGGAAAAACUUAACUAAAUCACAAUAGUUAUAACAUUGUGAUUAUCACGGUUUCCCACAAUCUACAUUAAAAAAAUUUGACCUCUGAAUUGCAUUACUCGAGACAUAAUCUUUCCUGACAACCACAAGAUGUUGUGACGCAGAGUAACCCUGUUUCCUACACCAUUUCCAAGCAAUAAAUGCCAUAAAUUAUAAAAAGGGACAAUUUUUUUUUAAAUAUAUUAUUUAUCACAUGUGACCUUGGUUUAGCAAAAUAUUUAAACUACUCACAAUUUUGCUAAUUGAUAUAUAAUUCAUGUGACCUCUUGAGGGGAUCUUUUUUAGUAUUUUUCUGUUUUUUUAUAACCAAACCAGAAACAAAAUUUUGGGAAAGUACGUUUGAAAUUUCCUGUUGUUGUGCCAAAAAAUGUAUGAAACACUUUAUCAUUGGUCAAAUUUUUCUUAAUUUUAAUUUUUUAUUGACAUGUUUGACAAACUUCCAUGAAAUUAAUCCUCAGACAUGAAACAUGCACUCACUUGUUGUCAUAGCUUACACUACAGAGUGAAUGGUAGCCAAAAGGAACUUUGAUUCACGCAUUUAACAAAUAAGUUUGUACUUAGCCUCCCUAUUCAUUAAAAAUGAAUGUUAUGGUUAGAUUUGAUUUUUGAAAUCAAAUCUUUUAUUGUUGGUUGAAUUAUUUACAUGAAAAUUCUUGUUCCAUCUCUAAUUUGAUAAGUAUCAUUAACAAACACACUCUGUUGUAGUGUGGCUAUAAAAAAUGUAAAGAGAUGAUAAAGAAGAAUCUAAUUUAAAACUGUGAUGGAGAGACUUGUUUUGACAUUAAUUAUUCAUACCAACAAGACUUCGUACACAAGGACAUGCUUUCUUGGCAUUUUAACAUAAUAACUUUAGAGAAAUGUCACAGUAAUUUGAUGGCUGACAUGAUUACCACACUGAAACCCAGGAAAGCUAUAAAUGAUACCAAUAAAUCUUUUAACCAUGUCAAUCAAUCCAUUAUAUGUCAAAGUAAUUUUAAAAGUUCAACUUAGCUAUUAACUAAAAAUAUUCGUGUUAGUUGUUUCGCAAAAAAAAUCCUUCAUGGCUAUACUAGAGGUUAGUACUAACUACCAUGUUGUGGCAGCACCACUCCUCGAAUAUUCUACAGAUGAAGAGCAUGAUGAAGGAGAGCCAGACUUGCAUCAAUGUGGGCACUGCAAGCUUAUGUUUAAUAAUCUCUCUAAGUACAUCACCCACAAAUUACAAAAGGUGUGUUGGAGUGAAAAUGCAACAGCUGAGGAACCAGCAUGGUCACUUGAUCGAAAUGGUUCAUCAUCACCGGAAACAUCAACAAAAGAGGAGGCUGACGAAGAAAUAGAGCAAUUGCUACAGUCAAAUAUAAAGGUGAAGAAUUUGAACCAAGAUCUACAAAAGAGGAAACACAGAAAAGGCUUGGUUCGUCGUUUAAAACCGCCAAGUAAUUCGGAAGAAAAGGUCGAGUCACCAACAAAAGUUUACAUCCCUGAUGAAGAAGGUACCAUGUUUGUACAGCAAGUUCAACAGGAUGAUAACAAGGAAAGGAGCAGUGUAAAUACAUUUGAUGGUAAAAAGAUGUUAAGCACAACAGAAUGUGAUGUUGCAAACAUGUCUGGAAAGACUUCUGAAGAAAGUCAAGACAUCUAUGAAUAUUCUCCUAAAUCUUUAACAACUGCUUAUCCUAUACCGAAUAAAUCCCCAGAUACCAGUGACAUAGCUCCUCCGUUUUCUUCACCAACUGCUUAUUCACUUGCACAAAAAACUUCGAAAAGUUUAGAUAGCACGAACGAACAUUCUCAUUUACAUUAUUAUUCACAAGUAGAUCCUAGUAAAGUAGGAAGUAGUAAAUUUGAUAGAGUUCCACCUAAGCUUCCUCAAAUCAUGUCAAUACAUGGGUUUAGUGGAGGUUACGAUUACAGAGAUAUGCCAUAUUCAUCAAAGUAUGAACAAUAUACUCCAGAUCAUCACAAACCUAAAUAUCAUUCAUAUUAUGAAACAGAUACAUCUAGUACAUGGAUAUCUGCAAAAAGUAGUAGACAAAAUAAAUACUCACCAUACGAGAAGUACCGUACAAUGGCCAAUCUGGAUGGCACUGAUAUGAACCUUAAGGCAGUACCAUCCUUUAUUUCAAGAAGUGAUCCCCAAUUAGCAUCAAAUGAACUUUCAAAAAUGGAUGUGUCACAAAAGGAAAGCAAAAUUAUUGAGACAGAAACUACAGGUGAUACUACAGAACCACCAGAAUUAGUACGCAUAUUACCAGAUAAAGAAAAAGCAAGUUUAGAUAAAGCAUCACCACCCACUCUAGAAAAAUGUGAUACACCUGUCUAUGUUGAACCUAAUUUAAAAGUGGAAGAAGAUGCAAGUCAUGAUAGCCUGCAAGAGUCAAUGGAGGUUCAAACUGACAAAACCACAGAAAAGAGUGAUAAUAUCCAAGAACAAGGGUUAUCAUCACCUGAAAAGGAAACAAAUAGCCCAGUAGACAGCGCACAUAGCCAUGAAACAGAAGAGUUUACACAAGAGCAAACCAAUCCAGAUACUACUGAAACAUAUCUCCCACAACAUCGUCGAUUGAGCGAAUCAACUGUUGAACGUUUAAUCACAGAACCAAGUUCACAAGGCGCAGACGCUUCGUGGAAGCAUGCAAAACAAGUCUAUCGCUGUCCUCUCUGCGCUAAAAUAUUUCCAUUUAAAAGUAAACUGCAAAGACAUGUCUUAGUUCAUACAGGAAUUAAGCCAUACAAGUGUACUGUAUGUGGACGUGGGUUCACACAGCAGAUAGAUUUGCAGCGCCAUUUGACUCGUCACACUGGAGAAAAACCUUUUAAAUGCCAUCUCUGUAAGGCCCAGUUCAUACGUGCUGAUAAUUUAAGGAAACACUGCAAGGACGCUCAUUACGUAAAUAUUGAAGAACCUAUUCGGAAAAGGCGAAGAAAAACAACUGGAAGUGACACUGUAUUGCCGCCAUUAGAGGUAGCUAUCGCUUUGGCGUUGUCAGAGACUGAACGAAAUGGUGGUCGAGUUUUGGGCAGAGCUGUAACGAAAUCUGCGACGAAAACAACAACAUCCAUCAAAACAAGACAGGAGCAGCGUCGUUCUGAAGAAGCAAAUACAGCAAGUUACUCGCACCAGCCCCGUCUGCUUCAUCCGGAGGUUCCUUCCUAUCAGGCUGUUUACCCGCCACAUCUAGUGACAAGACAUGAUCUACGUUAUCCAUUUCAACCCAAGAUAGAUAGCAACCAACCCUAUGCUAUACAUCGAAGACCAGGUUCACCGACAGUGGAGCGACCUUCUAGCCCUGAUCGUAAAGGACUGGAACAAAGAGGAGGCUAUCCUCCAAGUGAAUCACCAAGGUACUACAAGAAUCAACCUCUUUCUGCUGUUGCAUAUUACUCCCAUCCACCUCAUGAGAGAGAAACAAGCGAGAUGCGUUUUCAAGAUAGAGAACGUGCUGUAAGAUUAAACAAUCCGCGAAUACCACCAGAGCAUAGAUUUAUUGAUCCUAGAUAUCCAGUUGAAUACCGAUCAAUGGCAAUAGAUUCCAGAAGUCAAGGUUAUAUGUCCAGGCCCCCUGAACACAGACACCGCUUGCCUAAUGAAUAUGAAUAUUCCAAUCGCCGUGGCUCUGAAGUUCCGCUCGUUCAUAAAAGAUCUGACGAUGUUGAUGAAUUUCCUGACCGUCGGACUAUGGUAGAUGCGGAUUACACAAUGAAAUAUGUCAGCUCUCCUCGUGACAAUGAUGUCGUCCAACCGCGAUCAGAGAGGGAAGAUGUUACAGGUUAUAGAGGGGAUGAACCAUUUGAUGCUCGAGCAACGUUUAUAAAUAGAUAUUCGUCAAAACAUCAGCAAAAAUCUGACACCGGAAGAUUUGUAGUGCCUCACCUAGAUAGAGAUACUCACCGGGCAGUGUUUUUAGACAAAGCAAGCGUCAAUUAUGGUGAUCAUAGUCAGAUAAGAUCAGACCGGUCACCUGAAAUGCAGGAUGGUCGAGGUGACAGGGCGGAAUAUCGUAAUGUAGAAUCAUACGAUAAAUAUGAGGGAAGGUCAAUGGUGGGUAAAAAUUCCUCCGCUGACCCUGGUGAAUAUAUCUCAAUGGCGACAGACAGAAAUCGCUUUUCAACUUCGCCCGGUUCUGUGAAUAAACCCGGCGAAGAAAAUGUUGAAAAAUCGAACGCACACGUCGUUGCACAGGAUAAUGUGUACGUGGAUGAACAAGAAACCCCCAUUGUUACGCCCAGUGAUGACCUCGCUAUGGUUUCCAAAGGAGCCGUAUGACAAAAUUGUCAGUUGAAAAGCGCAUAUUAUGCGAUUUGUAUUUAAUUUUUUCUUAGUAUGAUAAUUAGUAUAUACAAUUAUUUAGUCACGUGUUCUUGUGGUAGUAUGUGUAGACUUUUAUUUUUCAUGUUUCUUGUCAACACAGAAACAUAUAUUAGUUAGAAGAAUCCCGAAAAAGUCGGGGUUAAAAACGGUAUCCGCUAAUUUUACAAAAAAGUUUUUUUAUUGCUGCGAUACGAAAGAACCUUUUUCGUGAAAAAGAAUGCGUAAAUGUAGGACGUUUUUGCCUUCUUUAUUUAAAGUUUCGCCUUUUGUCGAAUACUUUACGCAUCGCUUUUGUUUUAAUAAUUAAGGAUUUAAAAUAAUUUCAGCGGAGGAAACUAAACAUAUGUUAUUUAGUAACAAGAAAAAAAGAGAAGAUUUUUUUAUUCUACUUAAUAUUUAGCAUAUGUUAUUAUAAUUUUUUUGUUUAUUAUUUUGUGUUUGGAUUCUUUUCGGUCAUAUAUAUACACAUCGGAAAAAAAGGGACGAAUAUUAAGUCCAGUUCAGUUAUGUUGCGUUGCAUGAACUCAACAUCCGAUACGGAGAGUGUAAUUCAGAUUAGAGUGAGGGAUUCUUCCUUUCUCUUUAAAUCUGUCGAUACAUUAUUUUUUAUUUUUUAUUAUUUGGUAUAUUAUCGGACCACUUAUGCAUAUUUUUAACAAUUAUUAUUAAAAUGAAACUAUUUAUCGAGGAAAGCCUCGUUGUUAGUCUUUGAUUUCUUAUUUUUAAACUUAAUUAACAUCUUUACAGUUCUUAUAUAUUUUUUUAAACUAACAAAAAAUAGCGGCACAUCGUAUUUCUUUAAAGCAAAAAAAUGGCACCUAACAGAAUUUCAUCUCGCAUCUAGUUUUCUUACCAAAGUUCUGUUGAGCGACCCUUUAAUUUAAUUUUGAGCUCCAAAACAGCGUAUUCCUUAGUUUAUUAUCAGCAUAUUUUUUAUGCAUAUUUAAUUAUUAUGUUUAAAUAUUUUUUUAUUCAGGCUAAACUUUUUUUUUUAAUCUAGGCUAAAGCAGGAUUUUCACUCCCAGCUAUUUUUUUCGCGCAAAAGCUUUAAUUUUUAAAACCUGAUAAGGUAAGCAUCCGUUCCAAUCGAACACUUGUAACCAUUCCAUCUUUCUUUUCCGCGGACUGGAACGAAAGGUAAUAGAAUCACACCGGUUCCAGCGAAAGGUUUGUUACAGUGGAAAUCCAGCUUAGGUCGAUAUCUCUCCGCAAGCUCUCCUCUGUCAUGCAGCUGUCAGUCAGCAUGAGACACAUGAUUAACUAUCAUUUCUAUAAUCUAUUUAUAUCACUUUGUAAUUUAACUCAAUUAAACUCGUCUCGACACUUCGUUUUUUACAAAAAAAUGUCUGAUUAAGCCUACUACAUAUUCAUUCAUUGGAAAUUCGUCGUAUUAUGUUCUGUUUGUUUCGGAUUGCGUAUAUAUUAACAUUUAUUAUAUUUGCCUAUUUUUAUAGCCACCGUGUAUUAAUUUUCGCGUGUACUCAUUUUUUGCGAAUUUUACAUAAAUAUGAAUAUAUGAUUAAUUUUUUUUGCGAUUUGCGAUUUGCGAAACAAUAACUCUCGUUUUGGAGUAUGGGAACUUUCCUCCAAGAUAAAAAUAAUCUUUUUCAAAAAGUCGCUGACAUCUGAUGUUUUUUUUCAAAGUAGCUAAUUUUACAUGCGAAGACUUGCAUUCAGUGUCGGAAAAAUGGUCCAUGUUUUGUUAUUUUAUUUUUUAAAAAUUUUACAAAAUUUGCAUUGGAAAAAUUUUUAAACAGCUAUUUUUUGCUACGGUUGCACGAAUAGAACAUUUGUAAAUAUUUCACUUCACAUUCAAUCUUAGAGUCUAACAGUUUCUCUCUAGUGUAGGAUCUUAUACGUCUCAAACGACCCAGACAGAUAAAUAGUUAUCUGGUCGGAAUGAUUUUAAGAUUUUUUUGUCAGCUGAAUUAUGUGACUGUCAGUGCAAUUUCUUUAUUGUUUAAAUUUACAAUGUUGCGUCCGCUUUUUUUUGUUAAACCUGGCUUGAAUUGUUAGGACUUGACCGCGAUACAUCUUUAAAAACGUAUAUAGCUCGUUUUAACGAUUUCAAUCAAGGUCCGUAGUUGUUAGUAUAUACAUACAGUAGAUGGAAAUUAGUAUAAAAUGAUGUAAUGUUUGGUUCAUACAAAUGCUAAUAUUUAUACAAAGGAUUUAUGUGAGGUUAUUUUUGCGACAAUACAAGAUUUUCAAAA